UCGAGUGGGGCAAUCUCUUCUCUAAACCCUAACCUGGCCAACCAUCAACGAUCGAGGAUCUCUUUUUCCGCACAACUCGUCCAAACACAGUCGCUGAAAUCCUCGAAUUCACUCGCCCAAACCCACUCGCGAGGAUCUUCACUUUGUUCCAUGUUCAGGUACUAUAGCGAAAGAGUCACCAAGAAAAGAAUUACUCUUGCAUGGCAAUAGAUCUUGAACAACCUUCAGGAGAGCAUGAAGCAGAAAAUGUUGGACCAAAUGAGGGUGGGAUUACAGUAGAUGAUGGAGAAAUACAUAGUGGCGAAGUGGAUGUGAAUUCUUCCAUGGUGGAAUCUAUUGUUAAGGGAGGUGCAAAUGCAGAACCCCAUAUUGGUAUGGAAUUUGAGUCAAAAGGAGCAGCUUAUUCAUGUUAUAAAGAGUAUGCUAAAUCAAUGGGAUUUGGCAUCUCAAUAAAAAAUAGUCGUCGUUCAAAGAUAUCUGGUGAGUUUAUUGAUGCAAAGUAUGCAUGUUCAAGAUAUGGAAGUAAGCAUGAGUCCAGUAAAGUCAUCAAUCCACGACCUUGCUCAAAGACGGAUUGCAAGGCUAGCAUGCAUGUUAAGAGAAGACAAGAUGGCAAAUGGGUUAUACAUAAUUUUAUCAAGGAUCAUAACCAUGAGCUUUUACCAUCCCAAGCUCAUUUCUUUCGAAGUCAUAGGAAUAUAAAUAUUGAUGCUUUACAUGCCAUCAAGCGAAGGAGAAAAAUGUAUGCUUUGAUGUCCAAGCAACCUGAUGGGAAUCAAGAUUUUGGUUAUCCAAAUAAAGAUAUUAUAAAUGAGUUUGAUAAAGGACGAUAUUUGGUUUUAGAAGGGGGUGAUAUGCAAGCUAUGCUUGAGCACUUUAUGGAUAUGCAAGAUGAGAAUUCCAACUUCUUUUAUGCAAUGGAUUUGAAUGAAGAACAACGUCUAAGAAAUGUAUUCUGGGUUGAUGCCAAAGGUAGACAAGAUUAUAUCAAUUUUGGUGAUGUAGUUUGUUUUGAUACAACAUACAUCUCAAGUAAAUAUAAAAUGCCAUUGGUUCCUUUUAUUGGAGUGAACCAUCACUAUCAGUUCACACUGUUUGGAUUUGCACUUAUUGCUGAUGAAACUACAUCUACAUUUUUAUGGUUAAUGAAUACAUGGCUUCGUUCAAUGGGUGGAAGAGCUCCAAAUGUUAUAGUUACUGAUCAAGACAAAGCCUUAAAAGCAGCCAUAGCAGAAAUCUUUCCAAAUACACGUCAUUGUUUUUGUUUAUGGCAUAUAUUGAGGAAAAUACCUGAAAAGCUUGGUCAUAUAACCAAACGGCAUGAAAAUUUUAUGAAAAAAUUUAACAAAUGCAUUUACAGGUCAUGUACAGAGGAGCAGUUUGAAAAGCGAUGGUGGAAAAUGGUAGACAGGUUUGAGCUAAAAACAGACGAGUGGUUUCAAUCAUUAUAUGAAGACCGUAAAUAUUGGGUGCCUUAUUACAUGAAUGAUACAUUUUUUGCUGGGAUGUCUACAGCUCAACGAUCUGAGAGUAUAAACUCUUCCUUGGACAGAUAUAUUCAUAGGAAAACAACAUUGAAAGAAUUUGUAGAACACUACGUUGUAGUUCUACAGGAUAGGUAUGAGGAAGAAGCCAAAGCAGAUUUGGAUACAUGGCAUAAACAACCUGCACUGAGAUCUCCUUCACCUUUUGAAAAACAAAUGUCAACCAUCUAUACACAUGCAAUAUUUAGGAAAUUUCAAGUCGAGGUUUUGGGAGUAGUUGCAUGUCAUCCUAAAAUGGAAAAAGAAGAUGAGACAACCAUAACAUAUAGGGUCCAAGACUUCGAAGAGCAACAAGAUUUCUUAGUGUCAUGGAAUGAGAGAAAGUUAGAAAUUUCUUGUUUAUGUCACUCGUAUGAGUAUAAAGGUUUCCUUUGCAGACAUGCAAUGAUUGUUCUCCAAAUUUCAGGUGUCUCCAACAUCCCAUCUCACUACGUAUUGAAGCGGUGGACAAAGGAUGCAAAAAGUAGGCAUACAAUGAGACAAGGAUUAGAAGGGGUUCAAUCUAGGGUACAGCGUUACAAUGAUCUUUGUCAAAGAGCCAUUAAAUUGGGUGAGGAAGGUUCAUUGUCUCAAGAUAGUUACAAUAUUGCUUUUCGUGCCUUGGAUGAAGCUCUGAGAGAAUGUGUGGGUGUGAAUAACUCUAUUCAGAGUGCUGUAAAUGCCAACAUAUCAGCAACUUAUGGUAUUCAUGACAUAGAAGAGGAGGAUCAAGGUAACAAUACAAUGUCUAUGCUCAGAAUGCUUGAUGCUCAUGCUACCAGAACAAGCAAGAAAAAAAAUGCAAAUAAAAAAAGAAAGAUUCAUUUGGAGCCAAAAGUAACAAAUUCUGGGAUUGAAAACAGUUUGCAAGAUAUGGGACAGUUAAGAGCACCAACGCUAGAUGGUUCCUUUAUUGCACAACAGAGCAUUCAAGGAAUGGAACAACUGAGCUCAAGAGCACCGGCUUUUGACACUUAUGGCACUCAACAGACCAUGCAAAGAUUGGGAAGAUUGAACUCAGUGAUGGCAACACGUGAUAGUUAUUAUGGCAAUCAACAGGGCAUGCAGGGCCUGGGACAAUUACAUUCAAUUGCACCAAGCAGUGAUAGUUAUUAUGGCACUCAACAGAGCAUGCAGGCAAUUGGGCAGAUAGACUUUAGAUCACCAACCAUAGAUGGUUGUUAUGGAUUACAAGACAGUCUACCGGAUAUGGGAGAAUCGGCACAAUUGCAUGGUGUGGCAAGACAUCUGCAUGAUAAGCACCUCUCUCCUUAAGUUGACAUUGCAGCUGUAAAGUUGCUGUCUUUUUCUCUCUUUUUUUUUUCAUCUUUUUAUGUGAAUUAGUGAAAUCUCCUGUGUAAUAUCUUAAUAUUUUCUUUUCAGUUGUAGAGAAAGAGAUGUUUUUUUUUUUUUUUUUCCAAAUUGAAAUCUAGAUCGAGUUUCGGUAAGUUGUACUAUGGAAAUGUUGUAAAUAUGUUUUCACAUUUUAGUAGAAAGAAUGUGUUCAAGUUGAAAGCCGGCAAAAAUUAGAUGAGCUUUGGUUC